UCCAAGCCGAGGACAAAGUGAGCCAAAGCAGGUUCCAGCCACUGUUCUGUGCGUUGCAUCCCUCACUUUUGACGUUUUGGAAGCCUUUUGCUCUUUCUGAUAUAAGCAAACGAAAUGGCUGAGCGGAAGGCAGUGAACAGAUAUUACCCAUCAGACUUGGACCCAAAGAAGCAUGGAUCCAUCAACAAGUAUCGGAAGUCGCAUCCCUUGCGAGAAAGGGCUCGCAAGUUGCACCUUGGUAUUCUCGUCAUCAGGUUUGAAAUGCCAUACAACAUAUGGUGCGAAGGCUGUGGGAAUCACAUAGGCACCGGCGUUCGAUACAAUGCUGAGAAGUCGAAAAUCGGGAUGUAUUAUUCGACCCCCGUAUACAAGUUCCGGAUGAAAUGCCACCUCUGCGACAACCACUUUGAGAUAAAGACAGAUCCGCAGAACAUGGACUAUGAAAUUAUUAGCGGCGCCUCACGUCAAGAGAGAAGAUGGGACCCCAGCGAAAACGAUCAAAUCGCUCCCGAAGAUAAGGAUGUUUCCAAGAAGUUAGCCACUGAUGCCAUGUUCAAGUUGGAGCAUGCCACAGAGGACAAAACAAAAGAGAGCAAAGCAAAGCCAAUCCUUGCAAAACUAGAGCACCUGCAAGAUCGCUGGAAAGACGAUUACACCGCCAAUCAGCUCCUGAGGAAGGGCUUCAGGGAAAAGAAGAAGGAGUUAAUAUCUCAAGCUGAGAAAGACAGAUCACUACUAGCCAGAUCUUCACUGGACAUCAAAUUGUUACCGGAGAGCAACGAGGACGACAGAGCGGCAAAGUUACUGUCUCUAAUGCCUGCACAUACCUUCAACGAAAAACAAAAGAUGAAGAGGGCCGAAAUCGCGGAUCGUCCCCUGUUCUGUGCUGCAUCACCGGCUACAUUAAAAACUAAAAUCGUGUCAGCAGUGCAGCACGAGAAGAUGAGUCGCAUGAAACCGCUUCAGGCGGAAAAGCUCGGGAUCACGAGAACGCCGAGGAAAUGUGGCGAGGAUAAGGAACUUGAUGCAAGUGAAACUGAAAAGUCGACCCGAGCAAACGUGACAAGUGGUGCAGUGUCUCUGGUUUCUGCAGACUAUAGUGAUAGCAGCUCAGUUGAAGACUUAUAAGAAUUCCAUCAACAACAUAUCGUACACAACUGUGUACUUAAGUGUGUAAAGUAAUGUACAUAUCAUACGUGUAAGAUUGCAUUCGGUUAUUGCGUGUAAGGCUUGUAAGGGCUUCAUACGGCUCAAACUUGCAAUAAAUAUUGUUGUACAUAAGCACUUA